AUGCGGUUUUGUGUUUACUACUGCCGCCUGAACGGCGUUACGAAGAAGUACAGCUAUCUCUUGCCAAGAAUUGAUGACACGCUGGACAUUCUUACAGGAGUAAAGUGGUUUAGCACGCUGGACCUGAAAAAUGGCUACUGGCUGGUUCAAAUUGACCCUGAGGAAAAGGAGAAAACUGCAUUCUCGACAGGAAAGGGUCUUUGGAAAUUUAAAGUUAUGCUGUUUGGAUUGUGUAAUGCUCCAGCAACGUUUGAAAGGUUGAUGGUGCUUAUACUUACCGGGCUAAUUGGUGAUGCCUGUCUGGUCUACUUGGAUGAAAUCAUCAUUGUAGGCCGUACGUUUGAGGAACACCUUCAAAACCUGGAACGCGUGCUUAUGAAGAUUCAGAGUGCUAACUUCAAGUUGAGUCCGAAGAAAUGUUCACUAUUCAAACGGUAUUUUAGCUUAUUGGGGUAUGUAAUGUCGGAAGUAGGUAUCCGCACGGAUCCAGAGAAAGUUACCGCUGCCAAGGAUUGA